AUGGAAUCAGAUGCCCCUACCACCAAAUCCCGGCCCACAUCCGAGCCGCAUAAAGUUCCAGAUGAUACUGUCCUCGUUAUUGGUGGUGGGCCCGUCGGGUUAAUGGUAGCCUCAGUGCUUGCAUAUUAUGGUGUACGAAGCAUUGUUUUAGAGCGCAACGCUGAGCCAACACGAUGGCCAAAAAUGGACUUGACAAACGCGAGGUCUAUGGAGUUGCUGAGGAAAAUCGGGUUGGCAGAUCAGCUACGUGAGCUAGGAGUUCCAGGUGAUAUCCCAUACACUGUCCUCAUGUCGACUGGCCUAAGCCAAGAUUCUGCUUUUGCAAGCUGGGAUCAUGUAUCCGUCGACAAGUACGGAGAGAACAUUGAAUCUAUCAACGACGGCAGCCAACCGGCGGAGCCAUACUUGAGAUAUGGCUACAAGCUGGAAUCUAUUCAAGAGCUUGAACAAGAAGCUCGCUGCACAGUUGCGAAAUCCCUCAACAUAGACCUAGAUGGCAGUCCGACCGAAGCCUCCUUCCUACUCGUUCACUUUAAGUCCACCGACCUAGAACAUCUUCAUAAGCAGGGAAUAUUUUGGCAUUUAUUCAUGUUUGCUAAAGGCACUUUUGGUGGUGCCGUGAUAUCACAAAAUGAGAAGGAUAUUUUCACUAUCCAUUAUCCCCUCUUGAAUGGCGUCGAUGAGUCUUCCAUUUCCUCCGAGGACGCUAUAUAUACAGUGCUCGGUGGAUUGCACGAGCCAUACAAGAUUAAGAUUGAUGAAGUACUCUUGAGGUCAACAUUUCGGCCCAGUAUUGCUGUAGCCAACUCAUUCGCUAACCCUGAGCUGCGCAUCUUUCUUGCUGGAGACGCAGCGCACCAAAAUAUUCCGACGGGGGGCUAUGGCAUGAAUACGGGUUUGGGGGAUGCUUUCGAUAUUGGUUGGAAACUUGCCGCCGUAAUCAACGGACAUGCUCAGAAUGGCUUGUUGAGGACCUACGAAACAGAGCGCAAACCGAUUGCGUAUCAGAAUGUGCAACGAUCAGGCGUACACAUGGGUGUUCACUUGAAAGCUGUACAGCUUCUGGGUGAUAGACCCGAGGUGAUCGAAAGCUCGUCUCCAGAGGGUACCAGUCUCCGAAAGACUCUUACGCAGCAUUACGAAGAGAACGAUGGAGAAAAUAAGGAUAUGGGCAUUGAAAUGGGUUACCGCUAUGACUCUCCAGUUUGUCUUCCUGAUUCAACAGGAACAAAACCAGAUUGGGAACCUAGAGGGUAUCUACCAACCACUUGGCCAGGCAGUCGUGCGCCCCAUGUCGUUUUAAGUGACAAAUCAUCCAUAUUCGACCACCUUGGACCAUUCUUUACAUUGGUGGAGUUUCAAGACAAGGAAGCUGAAAGCAGAUGGUUCAUCAUUGCGGCAAAUGCACUCAACACACCACUUAAGCUUACUCAAUUGCGAGGGGAAGGUUUAGCUGCACAGAUUUGGGAGCGACCUCUGGUACUAGUGAGGCCUGAUGGACACGUUGCUUGGAGGGGAUAUCGCGUAGAUACUUUAUCCCAGGCGAGUGGUAUUUUGGAAGCUGUUCUUGGUUAUCAUUGUUGA